AUGGAAGAACUACAGGAUUAUGGAAUUUUGGGGGAGAACGAUUUAAAAACAUUACGCUCGAAAACAAUGCACUAUGGAAUGUUUGAGAAAAGUACGAGCACUUGUGAAAAGGGUACCGACACAUGGGGCAAACAAAUAAGGACUACAUUACAAAAAGAUUCUAAUAUUAAAAACCACAUAGACAGAAUUCUAAAGGCCCUUUGUUAUAUAUAUGGAAUGAAGAGGGACAGCGGUGCGUCCGUUGCUACGCACUGCAAUUUUUUCUAUUUUUGGGUAGGGGACAUGUUCUGGAAUAGCUCAAAUAGCACUUCUUUCCAACAUAUUAUGGACAAAAUUAAAAAUGCAGUAGAGGAGAAGAAAGGUGAGCAUGGUUGCACUUUCAAGUUUCCAACUACGUGGAGUCGCUUUUUCAAGCAAUGGAAAACAGUAUAUGAAUAUACUAUAGACAAAAGUAGAAUAGAGAACGACUUAAUAUCCGGCAAAGCACCCUGUACGCAGGUCUAUUUUGACUAUCUCCAGGACAUUAAAUCCGCUUACAAAACUGUGCAUACACAAUGUAAACAGAAGAAAGAGAGUAAUUUCUGCAAUAAUAUACAAGGAGUUGAAAAUGGAACAGGUUUUGAGGAUGUUCCCAAUUUGAAGUGUAAAUUAGUAUCUACGGCAGCCACCCCUGCUAUUAUCUCUUCCACAAUAGGCACCAUAGCAGUAGGACUACCUGCAUUAGCAUUCUUUUUAUAUAAGUACGGUCUCCUACCUUCAUGGAUAAGCAGCACUUUUGGAUUGAACAGUAACAACAGUAGAAAUAAAACAAGAAAGAGAAGAUCAGCUAGCCCUAACAUCGAAACCCUCACAGCAGACACCUCUUCAUUAUAUUCAACAGCGGACACUUCUACAGACUUGUCCACAACAGAUAAUUCUACCAUAUAUAAUGGUGAACGUCCAUUAUCACCCAGAGGAGGAAGAACACGAAGAACAAAUAAUAAUAGAAGAGGAGGAAAUGAAAACAGUAGAACCAUUAGUUAUCAACGUAUGUAA